GAUAAUGAGGAUGACGUGAUGUCUGAGGCUACAUCAGGAUGUUCGCGGGCUGUCUCACUUAAUGGGAGUUCCAGAUUAGUUGCGACUGUGCUAAUGGGGUUUUUUAGACCUUUUCCUGCGGCGCAGCGUCUCAAACUGCUGACAUCCAUGUGUGAGCGGUGGGGUGUGGAGGUUGAUGGUGUUGCUGGUAAUCGCAAUUUGGAUGGUCGGGCUGCUGCACUGGUGGACCUUCUUGCUGUGAAGCUGAACCACGUGCUGGAGCGUGCUGCCGGUGUUUCAACGUGGUACUCCCAUGCUUUGCGGAGUGUGUCUGAUCGUCGCUCGAUGGGUUGGAGUUCGUCAAUCCCACCUGAACGCAGACCACUGAUUGCAUCCUCAUGUGCUUCCAGCUGGAUGGAAACGUGUAGGGAUCGUUUUGGUGCAUCUACAAUCUCUUCACCUAAUUCCUCAAGGACCGUGGAGUUUGGUAUGCCAAACUUUUAUGGUAGAUGA